GGCGUCGAGAUUCUGGGGUCCUGAAAUAUCUGCUUCUCAACCCCCGGUCCCGUCCGUAACAGAGCGCAACCUCCCUCCCUCGCCAUGUUCCGCGUUCGCCGCCCUUGGCGGAGAACGAGCCGGGGCCCAACGCGUCUGGUUGUCCUCACCCCGUUGCUUGCCACACUGUGUAUCCUUCUCGCCGCCGGCGAAGCACUCUCUCAAUCCACCACGGCCAGCAGCCUACCUCCACUCCUCCCGACGCAAAACUCAAAUUCGUCCCUGUUUGCGACAGCUACCCCAACCUUUAGUAAUCACGUAUUCACAGCAGGGACAUCACGGGCAUCCGCGGUACCCACGGCCUCUCCCUACCCCGCAGACGGAAAGAUACCAUGUACGCCUCCCAACGGUACCGAGUGUGCAAUGGCACAUUGCAGCACUUGCGAUUUUAAGCAUGAGUUUCAUUGCAUGGAGGUUUACGAUGCUGGGGUUAACGAGGUUCACCAUAAAUGCGUGGUGGUCGCAGUGGCGGUAGGGGGCGGUGAGGCAGUUUCUGGAGAUGAUGGGGUUAGUGAGGCGGAUCACGAUUGGACAGGAGUCGUUGUUUUGUUUACGGUCAUUCCACUUGUGGGCUUGAUCUUGAUUUGUUGCGGUGCGGCCUGGUGCGAUCGGUGGAUCAAGAGGAGAAAAAGAGCAAAGAAAUUGUUGGCGAGCCAGGCAGGCGGCGGCUCUGCCUCUCAGAAGACAUUUGUCGGCUUACCCUGAUAACCCCAUACGGCAACGGCAACUGUGUAGCGUUUGCAAGUAUAGAUUUUGGUAGACAUCUUUCGAUUGUUAGAUACAUAGAUGGCACAGCCUCUUCUGCACCACCUCGUAUAUAUAUAAGCGUAUAGACGGAACUGCCCAAAUCAAAUGUAGCUUCAGCAACUCCCGAGCCGCCGUCCGCGGCUA